CUCUACGAAUGCUCGGCCCUGUUGUGCUCCCUCGCUGGCCUGACGCCUCGUCGCGCUAGCUACCUGUCGUGUUGCCGGAACACCAGACGACCUGCAUCCCGCUAGAUUAGCAACUCCCUAAUUCACCACACAAAGACCAGCUGCAUUCUUGCUUCGUGUACAAACAUGGCUCCCUCGUCAGACCAGGCCAUGUCUCGGCCCGAGUCGGCCAUCCUUUCUCCCUCGAUAAAGACGCAUUCCCGCUCGAGGGCCCAGAGUAUAUCGAGCGACAGACCGUCUACCAUUGCGGCCAGCUUCAUGUCGCCUCCGCUGAACGUGUCUCCUGAAGCGGCCUUCAUCGCCGCCUCGGCCGCCUCGCAAAUCGUCACCAACGACCACGACAGCCAUGCCGACGCUUUGCUCGAUCAGCAUGGCAUCGAGCCCUCCGCCGAACCAGCCCUCGUUUCUCCAGCCGCCCUACAGCUAGUCAACAACUUUCUCGACCACCUACUCUUCAACUUCAUCGCAGUCGCACGCUCAGCUACGCUAGCUGCCCUCCGCCCAGCCAUAAUCGAAGUCCUUAAGCCGAAGCUUGCCAAAGAUGUCAUCAACCAGGCGGAUGAGGAGUUGCAGGAAUACAUGGGGGACGCUGAGGAUGACGUACCAGAUUCCAGCGCAGCCAAAGACUUGGACCUGGAGCUGAUCUGGAAACGGACCCGGCUACGAUGUAUGGUAUACUCGUCCCUGGGUGACUUGGAAGAGGAGGACGAGGACUAUUAUAUGGAGAAGGAGCUUCUCAACCCACGGCAGGAGGACCAAUCCUCUGAAUUGGUGUCUUCUGCUGUAUCCAUGUUCUUGACCUCGAUCAUUGAAUAUCUAGGCGAGCAAGCGUUGAUCGUUGCGGGGCAGGCCGCCUUUCAACGCAUUCGUGUUAAGUACGAGAAGGAGUUGAAGGAGGGCCUGCGGAAACCCGGCGAGGCAACCGAACAAAUUGUGGUGCAGGAACUCGACAUGGAGCGAGUCGCGCUUGAUCGUACUUUGGGAAGGCUGUGGAGGACGUGGAAGAAAAAGAUCAGACCGACCGUGAUCACCAAUCUGGACAGAGGUUUGUCCCACUCCUUUUCGAGGGACUCGAUGCGCUCGUCUCGUGGAACACCGACGCACCUGCGCUCAUCCAGCGUCACAGAAACCCCAGUACCAGAAACCAUCCCAGAGCCUACGAACGAAACAGGGGCCAAGGCUGAUGCGAACGAGACCGAGACAAAGGAGACAGCCAAGGAGGAAACGGUGGAGGAGUAUUUGAGUGCUGCCGCCAUUCCUUUGCCAAUGGGUGACAAUGACGUGGAAGAGAUCGAAGGUACUGGUUUGUCGGUUCGAUCUCGGAGCAAAGACGGAGCAGAAGAGAGAGCUGCUCGGAAGAGGGCAGUGCGGCCAAAGAGCUUGUUGGUAUGGCCCAUGACCAAGCCUGCUAACCCGCCGACUCCUACUCUAUCGCCGUCGCAUACUCCUCUGUCAGCGUCCAAGAAACGCUCUAAUUCACUCCCGACCCCUACUGCCACUCCCAGCGGUUCUCCUACACGAACGGAGCCACAGGCGAGCGAGCUUGCACCCCUUCCCUCAGUUGGCGAAAAGGAUCUGGAACAGUCUCAGACUUCAGAUGACAAGCAGCCAACACGAGACGAAAAGUCAAACGACCUCGGAGGUGCAGAAAUGAGCCCAGUUGAAGCUUCGCUUGUGGAUGCCCCUGCCUCUCUACAGCAGGCCGAGACGAAGCCUCAAACGCAGAACUCUGGCAAUGUUGAGACCGAAGAUGAGGUCAAGGGUAGCGAUGAAAGCGAAUAUGACGAUGAGUCUAUGGACGAGGAACCACAGAUUCUCACCUCAUCAAGGAUAUCCAUCUCUGGCCGAAGCGCAUCUCCCACGGUGUCUGAACAAGGAAGACCCGCACCCAUCAUCACGACGAUGGGAAGGACUAGAACACCUAGCAUCUACUCGGCACGCUUGAUCGAAGUAACCAGUCCUCGCAGCCCUGGCACGGCCGCCCGCAACAGCCCAAUACUAGAUUCAAGCGAGCAUAUGCGCUUAUCCCGAAGCAGUAGUCUCAGAACGGCCUCAAUCGCCGAGGAACGAUCGCGAUAUUCGCCAGACAGUGCAUCCGGGGCGCGGAUCUCUGGGCACGGCGGUAACAAAUCGGCGUUGUCUGCUGAAGUUGCCCCCGAAGACGUCUCUCCUAUUACGGAUGACGGUAUUCUCGAAGCGAUUCCCGAGCCUCCUUCGCCAGAUGGUUUUGAGGGUCAAGGUAUUUCGCGUGGUUCUGACCCAAUUCUAGGCUCGGUUGCGGAGCGUGGGUCGCCCGGCUCAUCUCCCAUCCGCUCCACGCCCAAAAUGACAACCCCCACCAGUUCGGCUGGGACAUUUUACUUUGAAGAUAAGUCCAAACCGCCUCCUACGCACCACGCCCAGAGUCGCCCGAGGGUCUCCGUGAUCGCGGAGGUUGCUGUGCCAGAGAUGCCUGAUCGGAGUCCCACAACCAGCAGGAGGACUCCCAGUAAUCUUUCUGCGGAGGACAUACCGACUUCGAUCGGGAACAUAUCUGUGCAACGCUCUCGUGGUCGCAGUGGGGCAUCUGAGACGGGCUUCAUUUCUCGGUUCCCGGAACCGCCAAAACCUGGUGUAAUGGUGCGACAGGAAACAGAAGUGCGACAGGAAACAGCCAGCUCGAUAUCGUCGUCCUCAUCGCUGAAGUCGACGAAGUCGACGAACAAGCUGAGGCCGGUAAGGACUUCGGAGGAAGGCUCGAUAGCGGCGCAAUCUCGGGAAGAUGUCGCGCGAAACUUUGAAGAGCUCAUCCAGAGCGAUCAGACCAUCCAGUUCACGCUAACGCCCGAAAGCAUGCGAGACAUUGACUCUCAGUCGACGCGGUCCACCGGUAGCCCCAACACAGCUGUUAAACCCAGGAAGAGCCAGGAUCUCCGUCGCGACUCAGAUCGGUCUCGAUCAUCGUCGUCUAAUCGCAAGAAAGAUGCCAAGAAGGAUAAGGAUGCCCACUCGCAACAUCCCAUGCCCGAGUUGAAGCGCAACAGUAAUAAUAGCCCUACAACAUCCGGCCCGAUCCUGCAUGCAAUUCCACAGCCCCCACGUGCGCACCCGCCGCAAGCGAGAGAUCCAAGAAUAUCCCGAGAGUCGGUAGCUGAUUUUGCCGUGUUCAUUCGCGCAACGGGUCCUACUGGUAUUAACACUGCCGCCAUGAACCGUUUGUCAAGGGAGCAGAGCGGGCUCCCGAGCCCUGUCUCUCCGCCUUCUGUUCCCCUUAUCAACCGUCCACGGCUCACAGCCCGUGAUCCCCAUACCGACAGGGACGAUAACUCAGAUCUGAUCGACUUCAUCCGACGUGGCCCACCUACCGCGGGCAAUCCACGGAUCCCGCAAGCAGUCGCACCUUUCCGGAAGACGCUGGACUCCGAUCAGAUGUCUAUCGAAGAAGCCGGCGGUAAAGCUGUGGAUGCCCAACUGCGCGACGUCGACGUCAGAAACAGCCAGGCCUCGACCGAUCUCACCAAUAACUCGAUGUAUUCGUUCCAGUCAUCGGCCAACUCGCAGAGUGCUCUGCUCAGCAAAAACAAGCCCCAGCAUAGCACCGCCACCGGGCGAUUUGAAGGAAUAGAGGAGGACGAUGUGGUGAUGCCAAUGCCAUCAGCCAUGCCGCAGCGCAAGCGCCGCGGGCCACGCGACCCUUAUGCUAUCGACCUUACCGACGAGGAGGACUUUGAUGAGGAUGAUGAUUACCCGGUUAAGCCAAAACGACCACCGACAAACGAGGAGAGCUUGAUGGACUUCUUGAAUAACGUUCCUCCGCCGCCAGAACCCACUGUUUCUCCCGUGGUGACCUCACCAAAGCAGCCGCAACCGAAGAAGAAAUCAAGCGCCACGAGCUUGAUGUCACGAUUUACUAGACGCGAAAACAAGUCGAAUGUCCCUCCAAGCUCGUCCGGCAGUAUGAGCCCUCUAAGCCCCGUAAGGCUUAACGAAUCUCGAGGCCUCAGCAGCCGCGCCAGCGCCAGCAGCGGAAGGGGCUACACCCCGCUCCAAGUUCACAUGCCCCCCGGCGUUGAUAAAUACGCACCUUCCUCCGUCAACCAAAAGUCGGUCAAUCACAACCAAAACAUGCCAAUGUCACGAGGGCGAGGCAUGUCACAAUCAAGCGGCACCACCGCUCCGCGCGUAGCCAUGAAGAGGUUCGAGCCAAGGGACGCCCACGUAGCUCCCACCUCGGGAAUCUCGGAUCUGGCUUCGUUCCUGAGGAACUCGGGGCCGCCGCCUAGCAUUGGGGAAGUGGCGCCGUUCGAUUUUGGCGGGCCGGCGCCGUCGAUUAACACUGUCACAAGUUCGAGAGGGGGAGAUGGGGCUGGGGACUCGAACAGUUUCUCGAGGGUGUUUUCGAGGAGGAGUAGGAAGACCAGCAUUGUUUGAGCGGCAUCUACUACCCGUUAUUUCCUAAUUGCAUACACUCUACAUCCCUUCCACCAGUGCCUCUUCUGGCAUAGUUGGGCUGCGCAUCACAUCAUUAC